AUGAAUUCAAGAGCUACCAGUGCAAUUCUGUCAUCCUCAUUGAAGGCCACACAAAUGUCAUCUCGUUCUUCAAUGAUCACUCGUAAUCAGGCCGAGUCUCUCUUGAACAAGACAACCACCACUUUGAAUCAACAUCAUUCAUUCAUGUUGUCAUGUGGUGCUUUUAGAACUCGAUCCGUUCACCACCAUUUGAUCUCACUCGAUUUUCUCCAUACCGAGCAAUCCGUUGCCUCCUCCAAGUGUCCCAUUCACUCCAAAACAGCAGAAACUACUUUGCAGGACUCGGAUUCUUCCAACAACAACAACACAAUGGCCGGUUGUCCCUACCACUCUGCAAACACUGGUCCAAAGACACCUCUAAAAUCAUUCGAUGAAAUUCCUGGACCAAAGCCAUUGCCAAUUCUUGGUAAUUUACUCGACUUGAUCAAACACAAAGGAAUUGCAAGUAUUUACUUUUAUGAGUUGUGUGAAAAGUAUGGAGAUAUCGUUCGUCUCAGUAUGCCAGGCAAACGAAUGGUACUCAUUUCUCAUCCAGCAAUUAUUGAAGAUUUGAUUAAAAAGGAGGAGCAGAGAGAGCACUUAAAGUCGUAUCGCUUUUACAAGUCACAACGAGAUAUUGCAUUGGCUCCAAUGGAAAUGACCAUCCAUGAGAAUUGGCAAGAAAUUAGAAACCUCUUCAAUGUGGCCAUGAAACCCGAAAAUCUUGAAAAGGUCAGUUUACCACAAAUUACCGAACUCAAUGGGGAUUUUUUGAGAAUUCUUGUGAGUAAAUUGAAGAGAGUGGAAGGCAGUGAAAACGAUGACACUCCAAGGUACAAGCUUCCCAAUGCCUUUGAUGUCACUUCCUUGUAUACGUUUAAAUCUGUUGUGAAAACCUUCUUGGGUUUGAAGGUGACUGAUGAAAUUGAAAAACAAAUGCCAUGGACCAUUUAUGAAUUUGUCGACCUUGCUGUUCGUGGUACUGAUCUCACUCUUCAAUUGGACAGCAAACCACCCAUCUAUCAAUAUUUCAAAACAAAGAAGUACAAGGAAAUGGAAGCAAUUAUGGAUAAGAUUUAUUAUGGAAGUAGGAAAUUGAUUAAAAUGUAUGAAAAAAAUCCAAAUCCACAACUUCCAAGAUUGAAAGACUUUGUGGAUGAACGUGCUGUUGGAAUGGAAAAUGCAGAAAAGAAAAGUGAGGGAGUGUUGAGCUCCUUCUUGAAUGGUGGUGUUGAUGUGACUUCUCGAAUUAUGGUCAAUCAAAUGUAUCGAUUGGCUCAUCAUGUAGAAUAUCAAGAUAAAUUGUAUGAUGAAUUGAAGGAAGUGUUUGGAGAACCUACUGCUGAAGAAUUCUUAUCUGAGAAUGGACUUCAAGUCUCCUGGGAGCAGUAUAAGAAGAUGAAACUAGUGAAGCAUUUCUUGGAUGAAACUUUCCGAGUGAAUUCCUUCUCUUACAUGACAAGUGGCAGAUGGACUUCCACAGACCUCGAAGUGAAUGGAUAUUUAGUUCCAAAGGAUACUCGAAUUUUAAUUAUGAAUUAUCAUCCAAGCAUGAGAGAAGAGUUUGUUCCUCGUGCCAAAGAGUUCAUUCCAGAGAGACAUGAAAAGGGACAUUCAUUGGCUCCAAAAUCUAUGUACAGCAGUCUUCCAUUUGGAAUCGGGGCCAGAAAAUGUCCUGGUAGUCGAAUUGCAAGCACUGAAUUGCAUCUCUCCCUCGUCAAUUUAGCAAGACACUUCAGACUGACACACGAAAAUCCCGACAAAUUCCCAGAAAGCAAACAUGACCAAUCCAUGUUGUAUAUUGACUCAAAGAGUCAUCCAUUGUACUUGAUCCCAAGAGAUCACAUGAAACCGAUAUUAGAAAAAUAUGUAGCUUAA